CCGCCUGUUGUGGCCAUGGCGGCCGCGGGCUCCAGUGUGGCCAGGCGAGUGGAGGAGCUGGGGGACCUCGCUCAGGCCCACAUCCAGCAGCUCAGUGAGGCCGCCGGCGAGGACGAUCACUUUUUAAUUCGGGCCUCUGCAGCUCUAGAAAAAUUGAAACUCUUGUGUGGAGAAGAAAAAAAAUGUUCAAAUCCAUCAAAUCUACUAGAACUUUACACACAGGCUAUUUUGGACAUGACAUAUUUUGAGGAGAACAAGCUAGUAGAUGAAGAUUUCCCUGAAGACUCGUCACAGAAAGUAAAAGAGUUGAUCACUUUUCUUUCAGAACCAGAAAUUUUAGUUAAAGAAAAUAAUAUGUACCCCAAUCACUGCGAUUUACUUGGGGACGAACUCUUGGAAUGUCUCUCUUGGCGACGAGGAGCCCUACUUUAUAUGUAUUGUCAUUCUCUGACCAAAAGGAGAGAGUGGCUCACGAGAAAAUCUGGUUUGCUUAAAGAGUACCUUGUUGAUGGAAUCAGUUACUUGCUACAGAUGCUAAAUUAUCGGUGUCCUACCCAAUUAGAUGAAGGAGUUUCUUUCCAAGACCUAGACACAGCUAAGUUACUGAGUGAAGGAAUAUUCAGUGACAUUCACUUGCUGGCUAUGAUGUACUGUGGAGAAAUGUGUUACUGGGGAUUGAAGCAUUGUGCAGGUCAGCAGCCAGAAAACCAGGACGUGGACACUGGUGUUACUGGAGCAAGCUACACUACACACAGAGAGCCCUUGGAUUUCCGAGAAGUAGGAGAAAAAAUUUUGAAAAAGUAUGUAUCUGUGUGCGAAGGACCCCUGAAAGAACAAGAAUGGAAUACAACAAAUGCAAAACAAAUUUUAAACUUCUUUCAGCAUCGCUCUAACUCGUAAGUUUAGUCCUUUUCAAACAAAAGCAGAAAGACCCAUGAAAUGGAAACAUUCCAGAAAAGAAGAUAUAUUGACACUAAGAAUGUCACACUACAUAAAGAUGCCCAGCGUGGUUCCCUUCUUAAAAUGCCAUCACCAUAGUUCAUUAUAUAUUCUUAACUCUGUGAAGGAACAAUUCUCUCAUUUCUAAAAUGGCAUAUAUGUUAACCUAACUCAGCCUGAACUACAGAUAUCCUGUAACUAAUAUUAAGGAAGAAUCUAAUUUCGCUGUGCAAAGCUUUUUUUUCUGUUACUUCAGAUUAUUAUUAUUAUUAUUGUUAUUACUUUAGAGAGAGGAAGAGAGAGAGAGAGAGAGAAAUGUCAGUAUGAGAGAAAAUCUACUGGUUGCCCCCAUCUGGAGAGCAAGCCUGAACCUGGCUGGGUAUGUGCCCUGACCGGGAAUUGAACCCUCCACCUUUUGGUGUACAGGAUGACGCGCCAACCAACUGAGCUUCAGAUUAUUUUUUUUAUUGAGGUAAAUUGUAACAUAAAAUUGACCAUUUUAACUAUUUUUAGGUAUGUUUAUCUUGAAAUUUGCUGUGCUUCAAAAGUUGAAGUCAAGUCACCUCGUUGUUUUGUAUUUAUGCUACGCAUAUAGAAAUUGGCAAAAUUAUGAUGAAUAUUCAGAUUCCUUUGCCAGAAUAAGAUAAAAAACGAAAGACUUCACAGAAGAACUGUUGUUUAAUUAUUUUACCAUGUACUACAAAUAGCAUUUAACUGUUUUAUCCCUCCUCUUAUGCAUUUUAUAAAAAGUUAAGAUGAUUUUCUUAUCUUGUUUAAAAGAAUAUGCAUGGUUUAUCAAAUGAGUAAUAAGGAUAAAAACCAAGUUAGGUUACUGCUAGCUCACAUGUCUUUGGGGCACAUCUCUUCCUGUGUUGACAUUUCUGUCUGUUUUUGUCUUUAAUAGUAGGGUGAGUGAGAAAGGCCGGGGGCCUAACUGCUGUCUUGCUCAGUCCGUCUACCUCUGCACCAGGACUUCAUCACAUUCCCCACUUACUCCAUGGCCACACCUGAAUGUCACCGUCCUGAGUUUCUCUUUCUGAAAUCUUAAGUUUUAGUAAUUGAUGAUAAUUCUCAUCUGCCUAGCUUUUCCACCUCUUUGUUUAUUGACUUUUUUCUCCUUUACUUUCUUCACAGCCUCCUCCUCUUGACUGCCACCUUUUCUCCUAAACUAUCAGCCCCUUUCAGGUGUUCUGCCUUCCUUAUCCAGCCUCCGCCUUGGGGGAACCGAAUGACGUGCUCUAGUCUACAGUCCCUUCAAAUCCGUGUUCCCCUUGGCCUUUAGCCUCAUCUUUCUGUGAGCCCUCAACAUUUAAUCAAUUCGGUCGUUCACCUUUUCUGGAUGCUGAGUUCCAUGCAAAGUUCAUGCAGCCCUUCAAACUGGAACUCCUUUAAGUGUCUCAGCCUCAGCUUCAGUGUGAGCCUGUGUCUGUGACCAGUGUGGCCCCUCUCCCUGUCCCACUGAGGCUGAUCCAAACCACCACGUUUCCUCUGUCCCCUCCCCUUACACAUGGCUAGGUCCUGUCUUACAGAAAAAAAGACUGUGAAGAGGUCAGUUUCUAUUUACCAGCUUUGCCUGACUCAUUCCCACCCCGCUUUUUAGAGGAAAAGAGGAGCCUGCUCCCUCUUGAAGACCAAUCUCCACCUGUCCUGUCUGCCAUCUUCCCUGUUUCCCCUGCAGCUGCUCUCUGGGCCUACCCUUGCAGUGUUGAUCUUCCCUAGAGCUCACCCUCUUUCUCUCCCCCUUCUCUCCCCUCUUCCUUCCAUCUUUCUCCUUUUCUUCUUACUGAUUCUCCACACUUCUUACGUGAUGCCCUUCAGAGCUUGGCUCCUGUUGCUCCUGGAAUCUCGCCGUCCCAUGUGAUCACAGGAAUCCACUGCUUGACUGUUAUUUUCCUUCUGAUUGGUGAACUUUAUAUUUUAAACAUUUAUCUUUAUACAUAAUACUUAACACAUCUUAGGCCAUUGGUAAAGUGUUAUGAAUUAAUAAGAGGCAUGAUUCUAAGUGCCGAGCUCUGCACAAAGGGUGGCUGCUAGGAUUCCACACUGCCAUGCCCUCCACCUACACCAGUGUUGACAAGGCAUAUCGCUCCUCAGAGGAGUCAAGUGUUAUGAGAGUUAGAGCCCGAGAAAACCAGAGAACUUUGUCUUCAAAAGCUGGGAGCUUCCAUUUGCCUUCAUGACCUUGUGAACCACGUGGGUCUCACUACUGGUGCAGUUAUGAGGGUGCUCUAGGGUGCUUUUUACUGAGUCUACCCCACACACAAUUGGAGGAUAAUUUUCCAUCCCCCACACAAAUGGAGGAUGAUUUGUAUGCCAUAACAGUUAUAACACUUUUUACUCUAGUGUAUUACAAAACAGUGGUCACGUUUUUGUAUGUUAAAGCCUGCUAAGUAAAUUGUUUCAUUUAGAAUGAAGUCACUUCAAGAUACCAAAUAUUCCACAUUAGGAAGGUACUGUAAUUUACUCAUCAACAACGUUUAUGUGCCUUCUACAUGCCAUGUUUUGUAUUGACACUGAGGAGAUAGAGCUUCGUAAAACACCCUCUUUCAAAGUUUGUAUUCCUGUGAAGGAAGUUGACACCUUUUAAGAAAUAAAUGGGUAGCAUGUUGAGUGAUGAGUGCUGUGAAGAGGAAAGCAGGGUCAGGGGCUAGUGUGACUCCGAGAGGAGUGCUAUUUGUAGGGUGGUUGGGAAGGCACCACCAAGCACCUAUCUACUUGAGCAUUUGUGUCUUCAAUUUCCACACCUUUGGUUAAAUGCCUUGAACAUUCAGUCCAUUUAUAAAGCUCUUCUUUCUGAUGGAAGUUCUGAUACUGCAAUAAGAAGGGAGUCACUGCGUGUGACCUUGUCAUUUUAUUACAUCUACUAGAGGCCCGUUGCACGAAGAUACGUGCAACAGGCCUUCCUUCCCCUGGCUGCUGGCACCGGUUUCCCUCCGGGACCCGGGACCCAGGCCUUCGCUCCAGCCGCAGCAGAGAAGCCAAGCCUCUUCAGUCUUCAGUCUUCAGUCUAUGCCUGCGUAUACAAAUUAACCCGCUAUCUUUGUUGGGUUAAUUUGCAUACUCCUGAUUGGCUGGUGGGCAUCACAGAGGUAUGGUCAAUUGCAUAUUUCUCUUUUAUUAGUGUAAUUAGGCUGCUCUCCAGUGUGGGCUUGACCGAUGGGUGAGCGAUGACCUGAAGGCCUGGUGCAUCUUUUACACUUAGGGUUUCUCCUUUGGGUUCUCUGAUAUUUACUAGAACUUAAACUCUGUUAAUGGAUUUUUCAUAAUCCUUGUAUUUCUAUAGUUCUUUUCCUAUAUGAAUUUUCAUAUGUCAACUAGGCUUUGAGAUUUAAAGGCCUGUCCACCCUUGCUGCACUUAUAGGGUUUCUGGCCACUGUGAAUUGUUUCAUGCUGAUUAAAGUGCAAAUCAUGAGUAAAGACUUUCCCUUAUUCCUUUGCAUACCGUAGAGUGAAGUGGGAGCCAUGGCUAAAACCCGACAAUAACAUUCCUUCCUUUACAAUCCACUGUGGUGUUCAUUAAAGUGGGAGAUGUGUCUGAAGCAUUCUCAGAUUAAUUUUAAUGGCAUUUUAAAAACCCACAGCUGGUUGACAUGUGAGUUUCCGUUUGCUUAUCACUUCUCUCUCUACCUUUCAGGGUUCUUUUUUCUGGCUCACAUAAGGAUACCCCAUCUGCCACAGAAUCCAGGAUUCUGUAGUUCUCUAGUAUCACUCGUACUAUUAUUUUUUGAAGAUCUAAUUGGCUUUAUUAAUAGAUUCAUGAACUGGGGAGUAUUCCAUCUAGGAACUAGAAGGAUGCUCCCUUUUUUUUGUAUUAUUUUUUAGCACAAUAUGAGAUAUAUUAUGAAAGUAUUACAUUAGAAUAAUUUUAAUGUAUCCACAAUUAAAGUAUGUGUUGUAUAUUCAUGCUGAUGUUCUUUGUUGUUAUUGUUUGUUUCUUCUAGUUAAAACUUCCAAGUAAAAUGUUUUAGAGCAUAUGAAUUUUUAAGAAAAAAUUAAACCAUGUUCCCACA